UGUCGAGCUUGCGAUGCAAUUGAACGCCUAACAGGAUCGAGAGAGAGACAACUUGCAUCUCAGCUCAUUGCAUAAGCAGUCUGAAGCACCGGCAGAAUUCAAUAAUAUCCACGAUGGCAGCCCUCCCGCGCCGCACCACCUCCCUCACCCGCCUCACCAACGAGACCAAGGUCCAGGUCUCCCUCUCCCUCGACGGCGGCGUCCUCCUCCCCUUCGAGCCAUGCGAGCACUUCCCACAGAACUCUCCCGAAGAAGCGACGCAGAUAUUGCCUUUAGCUGGAUCUGCACACUCCACCCAGUUCACAUCCACCCAGCAAAUCACCAUCAACACUGGUAUCGGCUUCCUAGACCACCUCCUCCACGCCCUCGCCAAACACGCCGGUUGGAGUUUAGCCGUCAGAUGCAAAGGCGACUUGAUCAUUGACGACCACCACACCACCGAAGACACCUUCCUCGCCCUAGGCACCGCUUUCACCCGCGCCCUGGGCCCGCGCGUCUCUCUCGUCCGCUUCGCACGCGGCGAUGCACCCCUCGACGAGGCCCUCUCCUGGGCCGUCAUCGACAUCUCCUCGCGACCCUACAGCGUCAUAAACCUUGGUCUACAGCGUGAGAAGAUCGGUGCCCUGAGUACAGAGAUGAUCCCCCAUGCGCUGGAGAGCUUUGCACAGACCGCUGGCGUGACGCUGCAUGUUGGCUGCAUGUAUGGGAGCAAUGAUCAUCAUCGGGCGGAGAGUGCAAUUAAGGCGGUUGCGGUGGCAAUUAGGGGAGCAACGACGAGGAGAGGGGCCGGUGAAGUCGGUGGCGGCGGGGAGGUGGUGAGUACGAAGGGUGUGCUGUGAGAGGAUCGAUGGUUGUGGGUGUGUAAAAAAAAAGUGGGGAAAUGCUUAUCCAUGGGCGCUUUUUGUGGGAUAUGAGAACUACGCCGUUAUGAUGUGCCCGAUGGGUGCACGACGUAUUGGAAUAGGAGUCUUUCAUAGACAUUUAUAC